CGUAAUACCUAUACAACGUAAUUUCACGAACGAUUCUUAACGAUCGUCCACGGCUAUUGAUAUAUUUGUUUUUUCUUUCUUUUAUUAUUAUUUAUUUUUUUUUUUUUUUUUAAGCGAUCUAAUCAAAAUUUGAUGCAGCGAGAUAUUUUGUCGGAAAUGUCGCGUGAAUUUCGUUGCACCGAGAUUUAGUAUGUAAUUUUCAUCGGCAUUAAAAAUGAAUUUAUUUGUUUAUUCACAUCGUGCUUUCGAGCGGCACAUCGACGCGAGCACGCAAAUGUAGCGGUUCGUUGAACUCGUAGGUGAAUAUUACCGAGCGUGCUAAAAAAGAAGAACGAACGAGAGAUAUGCGUUGUAAAUGCAACGAAAAUGCGUUUGAUUCGGACCUCGCAUUAGCAUCGUUUUGACGAACGAAAGAUCCGUCUCGAAGGUCAGAAUUUCGUUCUUCUCUCCUUCCCUUUCUCUCGUUGUCCACGCUUAUCGAUCGGCGUACUACGAACUCGAACAAAAAAUUGUUUUUAUUUUGGCGAAGAGCGAUAACGAAGCUCGUUACGAUAUCGCCCCUUUCUUUUCUCUCUCGAUUUAUUUUCUUUCUCGAGAGAGAAGGAGGAGUCGAGAGGAAAAGGCGAGCAACGUCGGAUCGACGCGGUCUAACCCAAGGUCGAGAUCCAACGCCUUUCAACGACGUUGACGUCGGUAUUCGCGAACUUUGCUAGAUACGCGGCCACGUUGUGCCCGUCAUUUCCAGACGAUCGCUUUCGUCUUUCUUUGACCUUUGACCACGAUGCUCGAAGAAAACUCAACGGCUCUUCUUUAGAUCCGUGUGGCUGAAAACGCAAAGACCGAAAAGUCCCCUUAUCCCUUUUAAUCCUUUGCCGUAAAAUGUUCUUUGACACGUCACGCGCGCUACAUCAUACAUCGGUGCGAAACGUUGGACGUCCAGGUACACCGCAUAGCAAAGUGAAAGGAGUAGCAUUGCAUUCUCGAUAAAAUUACAUUCUCGUUCGUACUUUAAGAAGAAUCGAAAGAUAUCUGCGAUUAAAUGUAUCGUCGAUCGGUCGUACGAAAUACCUACGAGCUGGAACAACGAUCCGGAAGAUCGAUGGAUCUAUGCGAAAGUAUCUCGAGUCAAAUUUGCGAGAACAGUCGCAAACAGGAAGGAUACUUUUGGGAAGGAAGAACGAGAGAAAGGAGAAGGAGUGGGCAACGUCAUCGAAGAAAGAAAAAGAAAAGUAGAAAGAGAGAUCGAAGGAAAGGGAGUCGAUCUCCGGAACGGUGGGUAGAGGAUGAGAUAGAGGAGCGGAGUCAGGAGUAGCAAUAGCAGCAGCAGUAGCAGCAGCAGCAACAACACCGGCAGUAGCAGCAGUGGCAGCAGCAGUGCCCGGGCAUCAGGGCACGGGCUUUCGUUGGCGCUUGCGCCGCGAGAGAGACGUUUUCCCCGUGCGACGGCUUGUACCUGCAGGAGAGGAAGAAGAAGGGUGCGAGAUAGAAAGAAAGAGGGAGAGAGGGAGAGAGAGAGAGAGAGAGAAGGAAGGGAAUACCCGUACGAAGUUUAUCGGCGGCGAGCAACGGAGGGUGGUCCUCGCAUAGGUAGAGAGAAGGAGGAUGAUAGUGGUGGUAGUAUUAGUAGUAGUAGGUAGGUAGGUAGGUAGGUAGGUAGGUAGGCUGGCUGGCUGGCUGGAGUAGGAGAGAUCGACGGCGGUUGGCGGUAGUGGUGGUGGUGGUGGUGGCGGUGCUCCGAGGAGUCGGAGGUGGAGGAUCGCCGAGCGUACUCAGUACUCCGAGGCUUUUGAAGAGCAGGCAGGCAGCAGUCUACGGCCCGGGACAGAGGGACCAGGACCGGCCUCGAGAGAAGGAGGAGGUGGUGCGCGGUGGUGGUGGUGGCGGAGAGGAGAGGAGAGGAGGAGGAGGUGGAGGCCGAGGAUUUCUUUCGUCGUCAUCGUCGUCGUCGUCCUGCGAGAUCUGAAACCUAUAACGAACUGUUCUGCACGUUGUCGUAUAUUUAUUCGCGCGAGACAGAACCAGACUGGACGAUUCUUCUCUCUCUCGUACGAACUCAAGAGAGAGAGAGAGAGAGAGAGAGAGAGAGGAAUAGCGUGUUUUUGAUUAUCGUGUGCUCGUGACCUUGGGACAGAGUUGGCUCGCUUCGUCUAGCGUUUCGCGUGGUUAUCACGUUGUCUCGUGUCGUCGUUCGCUUCCUUCGCGCUCCUUCCAACUCGUCUCUCGCCGAGAAUAAGAGAACACAGAGGCAAGAAAACGCCGGAGGCAGAAAGCAAAAGCGGAGAAGCGAAAGCGAAACCAGCGGGAAGCGGGAAGCGGGAAGUUGCAGGCGGCAAGCGCGGUGAGGUUAACCGCGUACUUCCUCGUGGAAGUAGUCGAAGACAAGCGGCGAAGGAGAUGUGCGGAGUCGUUUGGCCGGGAGCUGCACGGAGCACGUGCCACGCACGCAGAAGGCGCUCCAGGCGACAUCAGGUGCGCUAAUCCGGGACGCAAGAGGGGAAGUAAGAGAGAGAACGUUCAAUCUGUCGUCUCCUUCCCAACUCCUCUUUCUUUCUUUCUCUCUCUUUCUCCUCCUCCUCCUCCUUUCCCUCCCCCUCCUCCCCCCUUCCUUUCUUUCCCAUAUCCGCGCGAAUCUCAAUUUCUCGAUCGCACGAUCCUUUUCCUCCCCGCUCGUCGAUCGGUGAAUCGUUCUCGAGUGUCUCGAGUGUGAACUCAGGAAUGAGUGGCCAAACUCGUCGUUCUGCUUGUAUCGUCGAGGAGGAAGCAAGAGCCGACAGGACGGUCCAGAUGAUCCUUGUGCUCGCGGCCAUCGUCACGUUCCUCGGCGUCGAUGGCAUGGGACACGCCGUCGUUGCAGCUUAUCCCGCCGUUGGACACGUCUCUACCGGCAAAACGGCGUUUCAUCAAGAAUCGUUAAGCCUAAAUAUCGGACCGAUCAUCGUCGCCCCCGUUGGAAAUCAAACCGCUGCGGUCGGUCGAGAAGUAGUUUUCUCCUGCAGCGUUCGAAACAUCGGAAAGUUCAAGGUCGCAUGGUUGCGAGCCUCCGACCAGACGGUUCUGACGGUCCACACGAGAACGGUGACGCACAAUGCGCGUAUCUCGGUCUCCUACGAGACCGGCAGUAAUCCCGGCUCCGGUGCUACGUCCGGCGCCUUCGGUGUGACAGGAAGUAGCCAAGCUACGGAGGAAGUCGUCAACGGCACGUGGCGCUUGCACAUUCGUCAGUUGAAGGAGUCCGACAGGGAUUGCUACAUGUGCCAGAUCAACACCAGUCCGAUGAAAUCCGAGUUGGGUUGCGUCGACAUACUCGUUCCACCGGACAUAGUAUACGGAGGUGAGACCACGGCGGAUCUAGCAGUUUCGGAGGGUGACAACGCGACCUUGAGCUGCAGAGCGACCGGCCGACCAACUCCAAGAGUGUCAUGGCGACGAGAGGACGGCGACACCAUUUUCAUAAGGGCCUCUUCUACCGGUGGAAGCACUUUCGAGAAGCACGAGAACUACAACGGUUCCCUCCUGCAAUUCCAUCGCGUCGAGAGACGACAAAUGGGGGUGUAUCUCUGCAUCGCCAGCAACGACGUGCCGCCGGCCGUUAGCAAGCGAGUGACGCUCGCCGUGAAUUUCGCACCCACCGUGACGGUACCCAAUCAGCUACUAGGCGCACCUUUGGGCACCGAGGUAACAUUGAAGUGUUACGUCGAGGCUUUCCCAAACACGAUUAAUUAUUGGGUGAAAAAUCAUCGUGGGACGAACGAUGAGAUGCUGCUAGAGGGACCGAAGUACAGCGUUCGCGAGGAACGAUCGGGUUAUAAAGUCCUAAUGGAGUUGGCGAUCAAAGGAUUCACGGAACAGGAUGUGGGCAGCUACAAAUGCAUCUCUACCAACAGUCUUGGCCGGGCCGAUGGUACCUUAAGAUUGUACGAGAUCAAAAUCGGCUUUGACAGAACGUCUCGUGGGAAGGACCACGUGUCUAUCAUAGGCGGUUUAGCAGAAGCCGCUCAGAGUUCCGGUGCAAGCAAUGCCGGUGGAAGAGCUCCGGGAUACACUAGCAGCUUGUCGCAUAUUCUGUCGAUGUUUCUCUUCAUACCAGUACUCUGGCCACGGUGAAGAAGGCAUCCCUUCCUGUUCACUGCAAAGUUGCUGAGUACCGGAUGAUUGUGUGCCAAAAAGAGGUUUCUCGAAAGGGCGAAAAAUACGCGAAAGUGUCGUUCGAGCACGAGGAGUAUGCGUGCGCGCGCGCGCGUAUGUGUGUGUGUGUGUAUAUGUAUGUAUGUGUGCAUAUUUGUAUGAUGUAAAAGAAAAAAAACAAGAAGGAGCGAGGAAACGCGAAGAAUGUGAGAGAAAGAGAGAGCGAGAGAGGAGAGAGAGAGAGAGAGAGAGAGAGAGAGAGAAAGUAAGAAUAAGAAAGGCUCUUCCUAUCUUCCUUUUCCUACUCCCACGCGCCGAACGAGGAAUCUUAGAUCAAUGGAUGUUUGUCAGUGUACGCGUUUCGACGUAGAUUUGCAAAUCGCCAAAAAUCAAUGAGAAGAUCGCGAUAAGCGAUGAUAAGCUAUAUAGCUCUCGUGGGAGGGAGAGAAAACUCGCCGCCAAAAAAGGGAUCGUGCGAUCAUGCUUGGUCCUUUUUAAUCAUGCUUAAAUACACAAAUUGUCGAUAAUAAUUAAACGAUCAUUUUGUCAUUGAUAUAAGCGCUGGGGACGUUUUAGACGUCUCGAAAAUCGAUGUUUCGAAAUAAAAAAGAAAAGAAAAAAUAAA